GUCAAACCUUUCAUCCCCCCGCCUCUCCCUCCGCACCGUCCUUCCGGCUUGACCGCCAUCAUAGACAGCAGACAUGGCUAUACGCUACCCUAUGGCUGUGGGCCUUAACAAAGGCCAUCCAGUGACCAAAAAUGUGACUGCUCCCAAACACAGCCGCCGGCGUGGGCGUCUGACCAAACACAGCAAGUUUGUUCGGGACAUGAUCCGCGAAGUGUGCGGUUUCGCUCCAUAUGAGAGGAGAGCCAUGGAGUUGCUCAAAGUGUCAAAGGACAAGAGAGCCCUCAAGUUUAUCAAGAAGAGGAUUGGCACUCACAUUCGCGCCAAGAGAAAGAGAGAGGAGCUGAGCAACGUGCUGGCUGCCAUGAGGAAAGCCGCCGCCAAGAAGGACUAAUCUGUCACUUAAUAAACGUUUGAUAAACUUUAAAA